AUGGCGGCGCCGGCGGGCUCGCUGGUGGCGGCCGUGCUGGCGCACUCGGGCCGCCUCGACAAGGAGGACCUGGGCACCCGCAUCGGGCGGCUCUCCCGCCGCGUGGAGGAGCUGAAGGGAGAAGUCUGCAAUAUGAUUAACAAGAAGUAUAACGAGUUCCUGCCCAGCAUGCAGAGCGCUGAGGACUUGGUGUCGCAGGUGGAUGGGCUGUCCACCAACAUCGACCUGCUGAAAGCGGGGAUUGAGAACGAGGUUCAGCGAGAUCUAAAUGUCGCUGUUGCCGAAUUUACUGAAUUGAAGCAGCAGCUGGAGCGAGACACGCUGGUUCUGAGUAUUCUGAAAAAGCUACAGGAGUUUGAUACAGCUAUUAAAGAGUACAAUACUGCAUUGCUGGAAAAGAAGUAUGUUGCAGCAGCUCAGCAACUGGAAAAGGCACGAAGCAGCCUGAAAAUGCUGGAAUCCCGCAAGGGCUUUGAGCUGAAGAUCCUGAAAGCGCUAGGUACAGAGCUCACAGUGCAGACACAGAACAUGCUCUAUCAUCUAGGAGAAGAGUGGCAGAAACUGGUUGUGUGGAAGCUUCCUCCUUCAAAAGAAAGCAGCAGCCUGGAGUCAGUGACGCAUUCAGAGCUGCACUUACGCACAGUGCCGUCAAAAGAGGAGGAGAUUGCUGGCCCACCUGUUGCUUCUGUGCUGCAGGCAUUUGCUGUCCUAGGAGAACUGCACACCAAGCUUAAAAUUUUUGGCCAGUUGUUGCUGAAAUACAUCCUCAAGCCGCUGAUUUCAUACCCAUCUCUUCAGCCAUUCACAGAGGAACAGUCAGAUGUGGUCAUCCUACGUUUUAAGUCCGAGGAGCCUAACUUGGAUCAUUCCUCUCCUAUGGAGGUUUUCUACAAGAUCAAGCUUAUUUUUGAAGUUCUCCACAAAUAUCUGCUGAAUGUGCCUCUUGAGCAGCCUGUGGAAGAUAAAAAGGAUCGCAGAGUUACACUUGCUGAACUGCUAGGUGAUAUGAUAUGGGAAGAGUUAUCGGACUGCCUCAUUCAGAACUGUCUGGUGAAUUCAAUCCCAACCAAUAGCAGCAAACUAGAGCAGUAUAUAGAGGUGAUUAAAUCCACAGAGGAAUUUGAAAAAGCCUUGAAGAACAUGCAGGUUUUGAAAGGAGACACGACUGAUUUACUGAAAUACGCCCGUAACGUCAAUUCCCACUUUGCUAACAAGAAGUGCCAGGAUGUGAUUGUGGCAGCCAGAAACCUGAUGACCUCAGAAAUACACAAUACUGUAAAGAUCACGCCUGAUUCCUGUGUAGCCCUACCAAGGCUUCCUGAUCCUGGGGCAGGAGAUCACUUAAAAAUGCAAAAAACUUCUAAACUUCUGCAUAAUGACAUGGUGAAUUUGGAGAAUGAGACUAAACUGAGCCAGUACACGUUUUCUCUGCCCACAUGCCGCAUCAGUUCCUCAGUGGAGAAACUGAUGGAGCUGGCUUAUCAGACGCUGUUGGAGGCUACAGCCAGCACAGAUCAGUGCUGUAUACAGCUCUUCUACUCUGUACGGAAUAUAUUCCAGCUGUUCUAUGAUGUAGUGCCAACAUACCACAAGGAGAACCUUCAGAAAUUACCCCAGCUGGCAGCCAUUCACCACAACAACUGCAUGUACAUUGCUCACCACUUGCUCACCCUGGGACACCAGUUCCGAUACCGCCUGACUAACAUCCUGUGCGACGGAGCCGCUACUUUUGUAGAUCUGGUACCUGGUUUUAGGAGACUUGGGAUGGAGUGUUUUCUGGCCCAGAUGCGAGUGCAGAAAGGAGAAAUCCUGGAGAGGCUGUCAAGUGCCAGGAAUUUUUCUAAUAUGGAUGAUGAGGAAAAUUACUGUGCAGCAAACAAAGCAAUAAGGCAGGUAUUGCAUCAGUUGAAAAGACUGGGGAAAGUCUGGCAAGAUGUCCUUCCAGUGAACGUAUACUGCAAGGCUAUGGGGACUUUACUGAACACAGCGCUCACAGAGAUUGUCACUAGGAUUGCUGCCCUAGAGGAUAUCUCUGCAGAAGAUGCAGAUAGGUUGUACUCCCUCUGUAGGACCAUGGUGGAGGAAGGACCCCAAGUUUUCACCCCACUACCUGAAGAUGACAAGAAUAAGAAAUACCAGGAGGAAGUUCCAGUCUACGUGCAGAAAUGGAUGACAUUCAAAGAGCUGAUGAUCAUCUUGCAAGCCAGCCUCCAAGAAAUAGUAGAUCAGUGGGCGGAUGGGAAGGGGCCUCUUGCAGCUGAAUUCUCCGCAGCUGAAGUGAAGAGUCUGAUCCGAGCCUUGUUCCAGAACACAGAAAGGAGAGCAGCAGCGCUGGCCAAAAUUAAGUAGCUCUGCUUACUCCUACAUGUUGCAUCUUCUGCUAAAGCAAGAGCAAACUGAGUCUUUCAAAUAUUUUUUGGGUUUGACCCUUCUUAUUUGUACUGGUAUAAAAAAAGCUUAGCAUUAGGUAAGUGCUUCCUGGAGGCUUGACUGAGGGAGAAGAAACAUUUCCUAGCUCAAUGUUUGUAGGGCAGAGAGGAUGGCUCUGUGAGCCUGGGACCAGAAAAUCAAAGGUGGGUAACACACGGACACUAACUGCUUAUGCUCCAUCUGCCAGGCAGACGGAGUUUGGGCUUGAGAAUUCAGUCUCCUGCCAUGCUCCCCAGAGGUGUUCUGCCCAGAUCCAAGUUUUCCUUCAUGAGCUGGCGCGUGUACAGUCCUGGUGAAGAAGAGAUGCUUUUUGUGAUGUUUCUAAUUUCCAUUCUCUAGGAUUUCAUCUUCCUGUUAAGCCCAGCAUAGGGAAAUAAAUCAAAUCUUGAAUCCAACAUCUCUUUGUGAGAACAGGCACCACUGUCAUACAGGCCUCUCAUGCAAGGCGCUGUAUAACGUCAUCUCAAGCUUGCUUGCUUAAGGGUCUUGUAGAGGGAUUUUUAUUUCUCAAUAGUGAAUCUUAUCUAUGCAGUUUUACAUCAGGGGGCAGGUAGCCCCUUUGUGUCUUACCUCUUCUGUCCCUGCAAAUUACAUAUGAAACCCACAGACUUUGAUAGCUUUUGAUAUCCUUCUAAGAAUGCUGAAGUGCCAAACUUUGCUCUUUCCCACCUCAGGUUUCCCUGAAGAGCAGACCUCAAGAGAGUGAAAAUUUAGGGGAGGGCGGGGGAAGAGGAGAUUCUGUUCCGAGUGAAUUGUUUAUCAAGUCACAGGGUUUUGCGCAAGUGGCAAAAUUCCUCAUGGCUUUAGUUCUCGUGGAAAAUAUCUGAAAACUGACUGACUUAGAAUUUUUCAAUCUCAUUUUAGCAACUGUAGAAGCCAGUUCAGCUCCUUCCUUUACCUUUUUGUUGUGUGUGAACUAGGUAGGUCUGGCAUCUGGUGUCUUUCUGGUAGUAAAUUUUCUGUCCUUUAAGAAUAAUGAGAGAAAUGUAAAUGAAUAUAAAAAGGGAAUGAAGUGUGCACUCAUAGCAUUAUCUUUUAAGUUACAAAAGGCUAUGUUUGAGACUUUUAGAAACGUACAUUUCUUUUAAUUGAAAAACUCACCAAGAGCAUUCAUUAAAACAUAGCCCAGAGGCCAAGAUGUGCCAGUUGCUGCACACGUGGAACAAAGUAUUUCCUACCACGUGGUGCUUACAACAGUUUCCAUCACAGAGCUUAAUGCUUUAAUCUGUUACCUACUGUUGUAUCCUUUUCAUUUGCGCUUUUGUCUGGCUUCUGUUCACAUUUCCAAGCAUUUGUGCAGAGCCUGAAUCACAGCUGGCUUUCGCGUUGCACGUAAGUCACUGCAGAACGGAAUGGGUACUCUGCCUGCUGGCUCAGCCGAGCGCAGCCGUGGCAGGAGACCCUUCUGUUUCUGGCUUUAACUGGCACGGGGAGGGGGCAAAUGCAGUCAAAUUGGCAGUUAGACGGAGUCCAGCACAUGGGAAUGCAGCAAGGAAGGGAGCUACCGAAGCAAAAUCUGACUGCCACUUAAAACUCUAGCUUUUUCUUUUCUUCCCCUCCAAGUAAUUUAUCUGAAGGCUGAGAGUGUUCCCGUAACGCUUGCAUCUCGUGGGAUCCCCUGCCCCUUUGCACACAGCAAUCCAAAAAACCCGCGUAUUUUGAAAGACACCACUUAUCCUGUGUGGAUUCUUCACAGAAAUGUAAUUUGCUAUUUUCUUUAAUAAACUAUUUAUACUGAG